UCUAGUAAACUCGAAUACAAACGUGAUAAACGAUCGAUGACACCUGCUCAUGUUUGAAAACCGUUUCAGCUAAUCCUCGGGCUCGGUUUACCCAUGGAGGUCGACGUCAGCAUGAUUAUCGGAUAUGUGAUGAAAUUUAAUUACGUCCUGCCCUAUAACGCCUCCUACUUGACGGAUCCAUUCGUACGAUAUGACAGAUCGAUCGACCAUGACGAUUCCGUCAAGGAAAGGAACAAUGAAUUUGUCAGAUCAACGUCGAAUAUUCUUCAGUCAACGGAUACUACAACAUCCAGGUGGGAACUAUACGAGAUCCUACAAUCGAUCUUACCAAAUUCCAGUUAUGGUAAGGCCUGUCUUUUGAGAAUGAUUUGCGAUGUUGCUGAUGUACCAUUUAAUCAAAUUUAUGGAUUAGCUGGACAACUUUUCCAUUUAUUAUUAACACCCUCAACAACGUCGGAUACGUUUAGAUCGUACGCUGAUCAGGAAUAUCACGGUGCGGAAUUGGCAGGUCGACAAAAUCCCGGCCGGUGUCAGAGUAUAUUUCCCGAAUGUCCGGAAAGUCUGCUCGAAUACUUUAGCGAGAUUCGAGAAUAAUUUAUCGCUUAAAAGUUGUCGUUUCGAAGUAUGCAUCGCUGUUAUAUAUUAUUUGCAUCGUACGUACGUUCGAAAUAGUUCGUCUUUCGGACCACGAUUAAUAAAGUUAACUCGAAUCUCGACAAAUUAACGAAUACUCGUCAGAAAAACAUUUCUAAGUGUAACCAAUUGUUUGUAUAUUUAAUCUCA